UUCUCUUAACUUCUGCUCUUCAGAUGCUUCGGGAAGAAGAAGAUUGACUGCGGGAGGGGACGGUCUCCGAUGUAAGCGCGCGAUCGCCGUCUCCUCUGGUUUUCGGAAGAGCUCGAAGGCCUUCUCUCCAUGGACGACGUCGACAGGUUGUUCGACUGCUUCAAGUGCGGCAUCUCUCCUCCCGAAUCGGCCGUGAGAGAGAGGAGGAGGAGAUUCAAGAGGAAAUGUCAGGAGGGAAGCUCCGUACGUGAAGGCUCUACAUCGAGCGCUCUCAGUCCAGGAUCGUCAGGACAGAGGCGUGAUGAGGUGACGGACAUACAGCUUUGCGCCGAGAAACUUGGUUCGACAACAAUUGGAGCACGCAAGUUCAGCCAAAGGAGAGGGGUGCAUAUUUCUCCCGUGGUGUUCUACGGGUCUCCUAAUGGUGUGCCUCCGAAAAGACCAUCUAGUUUGCUGCGAUUGCUGAAUGAGAUACGGGUUGAUCUUGCUGCACAAAAUUCACCAAAGCUAAGGUCCUUGAAGGAAAUAUGGACCACAUUCUCAAGGCAAGAGGAAGCAAUAAAUUUUGCUAAGGGUCAUCCUCAGGUUCAUGUGUUCCGUUACCAAGACCAUUGUAAUGGCCAGAGAAGAUUUCUUGUAUCUCCUUACCAGGAGUUCUGGAAGAGGUACAACGAUAUGGAUCCAAAGUUACGCCACCAUUAUGAAGUAAUUCAGGAGGGUCUGCCUUGUCACUUAUACUUUGAUUUGGAGUUCAAUAAGAGGGAAAAUGGUGAUAAAAAUGGAGACGAGAUGGUUGAUCUUCUGAUAGUAGUUGUUUUCGAGGUGUUGCUUGACAAGUACUCAAUCCAAGGAAACGAGGAAUGGGUAGUUGAGCUCGAUUCUUCAACUGAAGAAAAAUUUUCUCGUCAUUUGAUUCUGAGGAUACCAAUGACUGCUUUUAAGGACAACUCUCACGUGGGUGCAUUUGUUUCAGAGGUAUGCUCGCGGAUUUCCAGUGCAAGGGAGACAGACAAAAGAUAUGAAAAGUUGUUUGUCAAGAAAGAUUCCAGCACAUCGACAUGUCAAACUUUUGUGGACACUGCUGUCUAUUCAAGGAAUCGAUGCUUUCGUUUGGCUCUAUCAUCCAAGGCAGGCAAGAGUUCUGUACUUCUGCCGACUGGGCGUUUCAAAUGCAAGGACAUGUGUGAGGAAGACAUGUUCAUGGCUUCUUUGAUAUGCAGUAUGGAUGUUGAUUGUCAGAAGCUCCUAGUCUGCAAAAUGGAGUUAGAUUGUGCAAAGACACUUCAGUUCGAGACCGAGGUGAAUGGUGACUUUGGAAGACACAGUCUUGCUUUGCAAGAGCUUAAUUUCAACUCUUUCCCUAGUGAUAGUUCGGCAAAUUACUUCAUUGGCAAGUCGCCUUUCCCAUUGUUGGACAAAUUCAUAGAAUCAGUGGCCUCAGUUGGAACUGUGUCAGGUAAAAUUCGAAGCUGGUACUGGUUCUCUGAGCAUGGACUCAUGGUUUACAGCAUGUCAAGGAACAGGUUCUGUGAGCGGAUAGGCAGAGAGCAUAAAAGCAAUCACGUUAUCUAUGUUGUCGAUCUGAAUUGGGCUGCAUAUUACCAGAAAUGUCAUGAUCCUGAUUGCAGAGGUUACCGCUCUCCCUUGCGUCGGGUCCCGGAGGAUAUUGUGCCUGAUCUCUCAGCAUUCGUUGAUUCGGUGCAGAUGGCAAAUCCUCCCGAUGUAACGAAUAAUGUGCUUGACAAUGAUGAAAAUACAGCGAAUUGCUCCCCUAUAAAUGCUUGGUGGCUCGAAGCUAUAAGAGUUGCAAAUGCUAUAGAAAACCAACAGGUCAUGGAGUACGACAGCAAGGAGAACAAUUGUGUGGAUGAAGACGAGGACUGGUGGGUGGAUGUAGAAACAAAUAUACCUCAGGUUGGGAUUGAGGUUAACCAUUCCAGUGGCUCAUAGUUUGCAAUUAUUUGGGAGGAAAGUCGGUCCUGCUUUGCUCUUCUGCUUGCAGACUUGACCAAGUGUAGUGCAUCCUUUCGAUUCAAUCGCACGAGGAAAAGAGCGGAAGACUAAAAAGUAAUCGCCGUAAAGAUGGAGUUAUCAAGGAAAGUAGUCUGAGCUCCGAUAUUUGGUAUACAAUAAUAUGCUUGGCAGAUAGUAUUUCAGAAGAGCUAUGUUAUUCAAAGUUGAAACAUCGGGCCGAGAAUCCAUUCCAGCCACUCACAGAUGGUUUUUAUGGAAAAGUCAUGGUAUUCACGGGGCAAGUCGGACUUUUUCCGGCCACCAAAGUCGGAACUGUUCUUGCUCUCACAAUUUCGGGGAAGCUAUAAUCAUUUAAGCUCUUCAAUUUUGUGCAAUAUUUAACGAGGUGCCUCGAUGUUUUUAUCAUAGCACUCAUAGUAGAACAGAGCAAAAGCUCUCCUAUUAGCGGUACAUUUUUGCCUUUGCUAUGUAUAGUUAAAAAUAAUUUCCUAAGCCAUGUGCUUUUUUCAUUUUUGGAUUAUAUGUUGUCCAACUCUUGGAUCUUGAAUCUGUGCUGUCCGUGUUUAUAUCCUACUGCUGUUCUUGCACGAUCUGGAUGGGAAUCAACCAUGUAUGGAAAA